AUGACAAAAUUACAAGAUUUUGUGUUUCCAAUAAAAGGGAACAUUAAGUUCAAAUUAAACCACCACCGUCGAGUGUUUGAUAACAUCUUCGCUCCAGAGAGGAUUAGCAUACAGUGCUAUCUUUGGCGCUGUGAGAUACCGGUUCACGACUAUUGCUCAGACUCCCAUCGUGAGCUUGCCGUAAACGGAGAAGGAAUCGGAAACGCAAUCACUUUCAUCGAUGGGAAGAAAGAUCCAGAAAUCUUUGAGAUGUCUCGAAAGAUUUUGUUGUCAAAGAGGCGAAGAAAACAUUGUGGUGUCCCUCAUGUAGCUGCAAGCGAUAUUUGCAGUAACCCGUGGGAACAGGGGAGAGUCUUUUGGAGGGAGCUUGAACCUGAUGAAACCAAAAGAUCAUGGCUUUUUAUCUCUGAAAAAGAUCCCGAGGGUUUUGGAAUCAUGUGGCUACCGGUUCACCGUCCCAUAGACCUUCCAGGUGGAUGCGUUUGUCAGAAGUACUGGCUACAACCUGAUUACAUCCAAGCGAGUGGCUCCUUUCGCCUGCUGAGGAUAACGGAUUGCUUUGAGCGUUUCAACAAAGCUGUCUACUGGCUUAACUUUAUGUAUCAUAACAAGGUGGCUGAUAAAGGUAAAGCAGUUACUGUGGGGGUAUCAUCCGAGGGGAAGCCUGCCAAACGCCAACAUAUGGACCCUACCCACAUUGGCCUCCCAAAGGUGCUUCAGAUGGACCCGAAUUACCACCCUCCUCGUGGAUCAACAUCCCUUAAGCUCAAUCAGGUUCAAACGGUGCCUAUGAUGGGAUAUGGCAAGCUUGUUCAUACCCUUGAUGGAAGCUAUGUUUUGGUUAAAGGGAAGGUGGCUCAAACGCUGCCAGUGGAGGUCAUCAUAUCUCAUCUCUUGGGUAUAUUUGAGAAAGCUCGAGCAAAGAAAUUGGAGGAGUAUUUGGCUCAGGCGUCCCCUGAGUUUCUGAUAGAGAUGCUGGAGCUAUGUGACAAUCGGAUGGUACUGUUUGACAAGGAUAAGCGCAAGAAAGCCGAGCAAGAGCUACUUGACCAGAAUAAGGAGAUGCUGGAGCUAUGUGACAAUCGAAUGCUACUGUUUGAGAAGGAUAAGCGCAAGAAAGCCGAGCAAGAGCUACUUGACCAGAAUAAGGAGAUGCUGGAGCUAUGUGACAAUCGAAUGCUACUGUUUGAGAAGGAUAAGCGCAAGAAAGCCGAGCAAGAGCUACUUGACCAGAAUAAGGAGAUGCUGGAGCUAUGUGACAAUCGAAUGCUACUGUUUGAGAAGGAUAAGCGCAAGAAAGCCGUGCAAGUUCAGAAGCUUCUCUCACUUGUUGAUUCCAUCUCUAGAAACUGCAAUGGAAAACCGUUUGCAGAUGAAUUGUUCCAUGAGCUUCAGGAGCUACUUGACCAGAAUAAGGAGGUUGAAGCGCUCAAGGGUUACGAUACGAUGCAGCAGGUGUACUUUCGUAAGCAAGUGGGGAACAAGGAGGGAGAGGUGAACGACAAUGAGAGUGGGAAGGAGAAACAGGUCAGUGUGGCAGACUGAUGGGGAAGAAGGGAGCAAAGCCGAGGUUGAAAAUAGAGACUUUUCAAGUUGGGAUCUUUUAUAUUUUCGCUAUGGAUAAGAGGAAUAAGAGUCAUGAGUUUUCCAUGCUUGUACAUAAGAACGCUAUGAGACCUCUGUGAUAUUUCCUUUUGUAAUCAUUCCUGUACUUUGGAUCCUUUUCUAUUUGGAUUUACACAAGGCAGGUAUUGUUCAGUAAAA